AAGACUCGUACCUUCUUUUUCUACUAUUUCAUUCUAUUUCUUUUUCUAGAUCAGAUAGAAAAAGCUGAAUCCAUAUAUAUCCCGCUUAUUCUCUUUUAUUCGGUUGCCCCCAGUGAUGCCGGAAAAAGAUCUAAUAUACUCAAAGAGUCUCUCUCCAAAACGUUAACCCACUUCUAUCCAUAUGCUGGAAGAGUCAAGGAUAGCUUCACUAUUGACUGUAAUGAUGAGGGUGCCAUCUACAUGGAAGCUCAGGUAGCCACUGACAUGUCCACUGUUUUUAAAGAACCAGAGAGUACUAAUUUGCUGUUACCGCUACUUCCCUGUGAUCCCCUUGGAAGGUUUUCUGAACCAAGUGCUAAGGUAAUGGUAGCAAUUCAGGUGAGCUUCUUUGCUUGUGGUGGCAUAACAAUUUGUGCUUGUGUUGAUCAUGUGGUAGCUGAUGUAGCAGCAACAGCAACUUUUCUUAAAAUCUGGGCUGCUGUUGCUUGUGGUGCCAAUGAUAUUGAUAAUGAUCUGAUUUGCAAUCGCACCUCUGUCUGUCCUUCACUGGAUUUAUCAGGGUUUUGGAAGCAGUUUGUCGACGAAAAUAAAGAUAAAAAAGUGUUGACAAAGAGACUCUUGUUUGAUGGCUCUAAGAUAGCUUCUUUAAGAAAUGAAAUUGGUAAUGGACUGUGCUCUUAUCGUCUAUCAAGGUUUGAGGCUGUGUCAGCACUCAUUUGGUCUGCUAUUAUGUCCACAACUACAAAAAAAGAUGAAACAUUCCCCAUGGUGACAGUUACUGUGAAUUUGCGAAACAGAACGAAUCCACCUUUUCCACAAUUCCACAACAAUGUAUUGGAAAUAUCUUCCACGUGGUACUGGUGGAACCACAGAUGGAGAAGACGUUUAAUCGUAGCAUUCUAG